UUCCUCAGCAGGGACUCGACGCCUCUCUCUCCCUCUGUGAUCAGUGGGUGAGAGGGGGGAGACGAGCGACACAGAACGGAGAAUCCGCCGUGCGCCUCCGGUAAAUGACGCCCACCAUUCAUACCUUUCCACUUACCGUUACGCAUGCCUUUUCUAUUGCAUGUCAGUGUCUGGAAGUACCAGCCUACUAUCCUCACCCUGCUAUUCUAUGUUUCUUUAGUCAUCAUCUCGUUGGCUCAUCCUUUCAUCACACCACCGGUCCUGGAUCCCCCAAACCACGGUCCUGGAGACGCCUGAGUCUGCAGCAGCGCACGAUCUGCUUUAUUUUCAGCCUAUAUCUGAAUGACGGGCGGAAGGUUUGACUUCGACGACGGUGGCACUUACUGCGGGGGGUGGGAGGAUGGCAAAGCCCACGGACACGGCAUCUGCACCGGACCCAAGGGCCAGGGCGAGUACGCCGGGUCCUGGUCGCACGGCUUUGAGAUAGUGGGGGUGUACACCUGGCCCAGCGGGAAUACCUACAGGGGCUACUGGUCCCAGGGGAAGCGGCACGGGCUCGGCGUGGAGAAUAAAGGGAAGUGGAUGUACCGCGGAGAGUGGAGUCACGGUUUUAAGGGUCGUUACGGUAUCCGGCAAAGCCACAACACGCCCGCGAGAUACGACGGCACCUGGAGCAACGGGCUGCAGGAUGGAUAUGGGAUCGAAACCUAUGGCGAUGGCGGUACCUAUCAAGGCCAGUGGAUGGGUGGGAUGCGACACGGCUAUGGAGUGCGUCAGAGUGUUCCCUAUGGCAUGGCCACAGUCAUCCGCUCUCCUCUCCGCACGUCUCUGGCCUCCCUGCGCUCUGAGCAGAGCAACGGCACAGUGCUCCAGGACCUCUCCUCUCCCGCAGACAUGCCGACAGGCAGUCGUGGUGGCUUCGUCCUGAACUUCCACUCAGACAGCGAGGUUGUCACCGGUAAGAAGAAGGGCCUGUUCCGCCGAGGCUCACUCUUUGGCAGCCUUCGACAGCUGCGCAAGUCUGACUCUCGGACCUCAAUCUCCAGCAAGCGCAGCUCAGCGCGCAGUGAUGCCGCCAUGAGCCGCAUCAGCUCCAGCGACGCCAACUCUACCAUAUCCAUCGGCGAUGGCGAGCUGCCAGACGAGGACCUGCCUCUCGAGGACCAUGUGGAUGCCACCACCACUGAGACCUACAUGGGGGAAUGGAAGAACGACAAGCGCAAUGGAUUUGGCGUUUCAGAGAGAUCCAAUGGGAUGAAGUACGAGGGAGAGUGGCUUAACAACAAGCGCCAUGGUUACGGGUGCACAGUUUUCCCAGAUGGCACCAAAGAAGAAGGGAAGUACAAAAAUAACGUGCUGGUGCGUGGAAUAAGGAAGCAGUUGAUUCCGCUUAAGAACCCCAAAACCAAAGAGAAGGUGGACCGGGCUGUUGAGGCGGCACAGAGGGCUGCAGCCAUUGCCAGGAGUAAAGUGGAAAUAGCAGCUUCCAGAACGGCCCAUGCCAGGACAAAAAGCGAGGCUGCAGACCAGGCCGCCAUCUCUGCUGUGCACGACUCGGAAAUUGCCAGGGCUGUUGCUAGGGAGCUCGCCCCCAACUUCUACCAGCCAGGACCUGACUACUUAAAACAACCACAGAAGGAGCCGGUGGAGAUUAAAGAGGUCCCUGUUGAAAAGAAGGAAAUCUCCCAUAACGAUUCUCCCCACUUUUACCGCAAAGGUACCACUCCUCCCCACUCCCCUGUGACCAGUCCUGCAGCCACGCCUCCCCCCUCGCCUCACUCCAGCAAGAAGAAAAAUCAGGUCGCCAACAGCACCAGCCGCAAAACCAGCAAAGAGGAAAAACCGUCCCGCAAGACAAGCAAAGAAGAGAAGUCAAGUCAUAAGACCAGCAAGGAUGAGCGGUCUAGUCGGAAGCUGAGUAAAGAGGAGAGGCUGUCCGUCACUGAUGGCCCUAAAAGUUCUCAUGUGCACGUCGAGGCUUCAAACAAACCCACUAAUAUUCAGCAGCCUACCCCAGCAUCUGCUCCUGCUCCACAUCCUCCGGCAAUGCCGGCCAAUGGCCAGCUCCUCAGCGAGUACCACAGUUACUACGUGAAGACCCCUACAAGGGUCCAACCACCACCGGACCCUGAGGAGGAUAGAGAAGAAGAGCCUACUACCCUGGACUUGGCACACAUACCCCAACAACCCCCUAAGUCCUAUAGUAUCCCCACUCCUAAGCCAGCCUCCCUACGGGAGAACAAGAGCGACCCGAAACUCAGGAAGCAGGAUUCCCUAAAGCCAAAGAGCCUCGCAGACACAAAGAAAGCCAGUAUGGAUAUUGCAGAAAACACGGAAGAAACAGGUCCUAACUCGAUCCUUGUUGCUAUGGUAAUGCUGCUGAAUAUUGGCCUUGCAAUUAUAUUUGUCCAUUUUCUGACAUGAUGAUGCUGUUUCUCAGUGAAACCAUGGCAACCGGUUACAGUUGCAUCGCCAGGCCUUGAAAAACGAAAAUGGCGCCAGUGAGACACGGGGGUGGCCGUAGGUGUUUAGGAAUCAGCGUGACACCGACGAGAAUCAGGAGGAAGGCAUCGCUACCACCAAACCUGUCAUUGGGCCUUCUUUAAGGGCCAGCUCUGUGAAUUAGCACUCCUUUGGCUUCUCUGAAAGCUGAGGUGAAAUGUUGUGUCUAGUGAGAUUUUAAAAAAGAUUUUAAAAAAGUUUAAAAAUGCAACCAAACAUACACAGUCUGAAAAAAAAGAAGUAAUUGAAACCCACGCGCGUGCUGAUCCAAGCACUGGUCGCUCUAGGCCACUGCCUUGGCAGAGAUAGCGGUGGGCUGAUGGACUUUGCUGGAAGAGUGUGGAGAUGCACUUUUAGAUGAAGGGAGCAAACAGCUGCCUUUCUAUUUUGCCAUCUGACGUUUUGAUGGGGAGAUGUGAGCCCGGCGGCCGGGGGUAGGGGGGCGGGGGGCGGGGGAGAACGGUCGCAGCGGGAGCGUGCUCGGGUGUUCGGAGCGUUUUUUUGGGGGUUCACGCCACUCUUGCAACAGGAAACUGGGCACGGCCGUUGCCAGCAGUCAGUGCUAGCACGGUCACUAGCCAGUCUUACUCUGUUCGCCCAAUCAUCACCCCAUUUCUCUCGAGUAACCCACGAUACACUGCUUUGAAACACUCCCCGUGCAUGGUACAGUUUUAACGUUUAGUUUUUUUUGUUUGUUUUCUGUUUUUUUUUUUUGUUCAAUGUUGUUCUCUGAAUGUCGGUUACCUGCAGUCUUGUAGUUGAAAAGGAAAUUUCUUCUCCUCUCAAAAUGAGUGAAUACAUUUAUUUUCCCUUUUUAUUUUGACAUUUUACUCAUUUCUAAUAAUUGAGUUGUAAUUUGACAUUACACAUUCAUGUUACUGAAAGUGCAAUAUGUUUUGGGGUUUUUUUCAAAGAAAAGCUUAUAGUAUAUUUUGCCAAAAAGGGGGGCGGGGGGGGGUGUACCAUUACAGAAAUCCUAUGUUCCAUUUAUUUUUGACAGACUCUCAAAAUUAUAAUAGACUGGUUUUGAGGGAGGGUGUUGCUUAUCAGCCAGCAUUGUAUUUAUGAAGGAGAUUCACACUUUAAAAGCUACCUAGCUCCGCGAGAGUGAAGUAACAAAUGUCUUAUGUUAUUUAUUAAAUCAGAAGGAAAACGGUUCCGUUGCACAUGUCAAUGAACCCGCUUGAAUUCCUUCAUUCUAUUCUUUGCUUUCAAUGUUUCAGCAUACCACUCAAAUGCAAAGAGGCGGUUCACGCAGCUGCUUCUGUAGGCCCAGCAGUGCGUGCGUGCUCGUAAGACUGGAUCAAGACAGUCUUGUGGAUAGUGGAAGUUGAAUUCAUUCAGGUUGAGGCCAUGGUAAAUGUGGCACCAGGGAGACUGAGAGAUGCCUUUAUAAGUCUUUAACAGUACUACUGUUUACCUCAGAAAAAGAUGAGGAGUGGGAGGGGGGUGGGGGGGUUGGGAGAUGCCAUCCUUGUCUUAACUUUGUCUUGUAGGGGGGAUACUUUGACUGUUGUCAUUACCUGAAUCAAGCUUUUGACUUGCCUCAUCGUAGCUGUUCGUAGUCUUGGUUGCAGGUAUGGCAUGAGUUUCUUUUGAUUUUAAAAGUGGUUAUUUAUAUGGUUGACAUGUACUGUCAUCACUACCAAGGUUAAUUAUUUAUUCAAAGUGUUUGUGAGCAUUGGUCAUCAUAAAAAGGGCUUUACUAUGUCUCGGUUUUCUUUGCGGCAAUUCAGUUUGGAAGUUUAACUUGACUGUCUGUUGUACAAUGAGCAGCACAUUGCAUUUUGAGAAUGCUUCAGUCUGUUAGAUGUUUGCAAACUGUCCACAUAACUAACUAUCAGAAUAUAUUCAAAUUGUGGCAUAGACAAUGAAAGCAGAUCAAGACACUAUAUUAUUAAAAAAGAAAAAACAUUGUUAUAUUACAAAUGUGAUGUAUUAAAUAAUGAUUUUUCACCCUGUCUUUGCUACACCCUCUUUUCUUGUUUUAACUGUCUUCACACGAGCACGGUGAAGACUGGAGUUCUCCGAGGGUUUAACAGAACAGCCUGUUUAUGGGAUAGUUUUUGAAAUGCAACAUUGCAUGUUGGAGUCAUUUAUAUAUAGAUUAUUAUAUACUAUUUGUAAGGAUUUUUACAGAGCACAAUCCAGAAUCUGGUAUGAGUUGGUAUUUUUCUAACAAUUUGCACACCUGUAUUUUGACAAUGAAUAUAACUUGUUUGUAAUUGGUAAUGUAAUGCACAUGAUAAUGUUUGACAGUGGAAAAAAAACAACAACUGUAUUUCUAAUUGGUUGUACUGUAUGUACCAUUUGGGGAUGUAAAAGGCAGAUGUACUUGUUUGAGUAUUUUAGGAUAUGACGAGGAACUGCUCGAGACUUUUGAUAUCUCAAGGUUCAUGUUACCCCACUGAUUUGUGCAAAGUCUUUGGAGAUGAAGUUAUGUGUAUAACAAUAAAGAUGUUAUGCCUUGUCAAACUA